AAACCUUGAUGCUGGUCUGUUGAGGUGUAAUGGAUAGGUAACAGAAGACCACUUCCCUUCCUCCUCAGGGCUUCAGCAUGACCGAGUGCUUCCUGCCCCCCACCAGCAGCCCUAGUGAACACCGCAGGGCCGAGCACGGCAGCGGGCUGACCCGGACCCCCAGCUCCGAGGAGAUCAGCCCUACAAAAUUUCCUGGAUUGUACCGGACGGGUGAGCCUUCGCCUCCCCAUGACAUCCUCCACGAGCCUCCUGAUAUCGUGUCAGAUGAUGAGAAAGACCAUGGAAAGAAAAAAGGAAAAUUUAAGAAAAAGGAGAAAAGGACUGAAGGCUACGCUGCCUUCCAGGAAGACAGCUCUGGAGAUGAGGCUGAAAGUCCUUCCAAGAUGAAGAGGUCCAAGGGCAUCCAUGUGUUCAAAAAGCCCAGUUUCUCUAAAAAGAAGGAAAAGGAUUUUAAAAUCAAAGAAAAGCCCAAAGAAGAAAAGCAUAAAGAGGAAAAGCACAAAGAGGAAAAGCAUAAAGAAAAGAAAUCUAAAGACUUGACGGCAGCCGAUGUUGUUAAACAGUGGAAAGAGAAGAAGAAGAAAAAGAAGCCAACUCAGGAGCCAGAGGUGCCUCAGACGGACGCCCCGAGUCUCAGACCCAUUUUCGGCGUUCCCUUGGCUGACGCAGUAGAGAGGACCAUGAUGUACGAUGGCAUCCGGCUGCCAGCCGUCUUCCGAGAGUGCGUGGACUACAUGGAGCAGCACGGCAUGAAGUGUGAAGGCAUCUACCGAGUGUCAGGAAUCAAAUCAAAGGUAGAUGAGCUGAAAGCAGCCUAUGACCGAGAGGAGUCUCCCAACUUGGAGGAGUAUGAACCUAACACUGUAGCCAGCUUGCUGAAGCAGUAUCUGCGAGACCUUCCCGAGAAUUUGCUUACCAAAGAGCUUAUGCCCCGAUUUGAAGAGGCUUGUGGGAGGACCACAGAGACGGAGAAAGUGCAGGAGUUCCAGCGCUUGCUCAGGGAACUGCCGGAGUAUAACCACCUUCUGCUCUCCUGGCUCAUUGUGCACAUGGACCACGUCAUCGCGAAGGAGCUGGAAACCAAGAUGAACAUCCAGAACAUCUCCAUAGUGCUGAGCCCAACCGUCCAGAUCAGCAAUCGGGUCCUGUAUGUGCUUUUCACACAUGUGCAAGAGCUCUUUGGCACCGUGGUCCUGAAGCAAGUUACAAGACCUCUGCGUUGGUCCAACAUGGCCACAAUGCCUACACUGCCAGAGACCCAAGCAGGCAUCAAGGAAGAGAUCAGGAGACAGGAGUUCCUUUUGAACUGUUUACAUCGAGAUCUGCAGGGCGGGAUAAAGGACUUAUCUAAAGAAGAAAGAUUAUGGGAAGUACAGAGGAUUCUGACUGCCCUCAAGAGAAAGCUGAGGGAAGCUAAAAGACAAGAGUGUGAGACCAAGAUUGCACAGGAGAUAGCCAGCCUUUCGAAAGAGGAUGUUUCCAAAGAAGAAACGAACGAAAACGAGGAGGUCAUAAAUAUCCUCCUUGCCCAGGAGAAUGAGAUCCUGACUGAGCAGGAGGAGCUCCUGGCCAUGGAGCAGUUUCUGCGUCGUCAGAUCGCCUCGGAGAAAGAAGAGAUCGACCGCCUCCGAGCUGAGAUUGCGGAGAUCCAGAGUCGCCAGCAUGGCCGCAGCGAGACAGAGGAGUACUCCUCUGACAGCGAGAGCGAGAGCGAGGAUGAGGAGGAGCUGCAGAUCAUUCUGGAAGACUUACAGAGGCAGAAUGAAGAGUUAGAAAUAAAGAACAAUCACUUGAACCAGGCAGUCCAUGAAGAGCGGGAGGCCAUUGUUGAGCUCCGAGUGCAGCUCCGGCUGCUCCAGAUGCAGCGAGCCAAGUCUGAGCAGCAGCUCCAGGAGGAGGAGGAGCCCGAGAGGCGAGGGGGCACAGGCCCACUGCCCUGUGAAGGUGUCCUCGAGGUGAGAGCAGCCAAGGAGCAGGCAAAGCCCUCGCCCAGCAAAGACCGGAAGGAGACGCCCAUCUGAACUGCCCGGGCCCUGUGCAUCAUACUGUAAGCGAGAGUCCGCUGCCUGUCCUGCCGGGCAGCGCCUGUGAAGGCUCUCAGA